AUGUUCAAGCUGAUCAAGGACCUCACACGACCGCCCGAGCCGCUCAACCCCACGUCGUCGUCGGCGUCGGCAUCGGCCACGGCCUCGGGCAGCUCGGCACCCCCGCCCCCAUGGGCGCCGAGGUCCCGUGCGGCGUCGAGCGCGAGCGCUUCGGGCCUGCCAGCCAACCUCGCGAGCCCGGGCUCUUCGGCAACUGCGCACGCGCGUGAGGGUAGCAUGUCGAGUGCGCUGGACGAUGACCAUGAAGACGAGAGCACCGAGGACGACAACGACGACGAGGACGAGGACGAUCCCGACGCCAUCCGCGUCAUCGGCCUGCUCUAUGCCCUCAUGGGCGUGACAGAUACGAUGGGCUACGUCGAGACACUAUCCGAGCUCCUGUCGGUUCCCAGCACCCCGGCGUCUCGCCGUGCGUUCCGCCGCAACGCCGGCUUCGUGCGGCUCCGCCACGCGCUCGCGUUCGGCCUCACCUGGCGCCCGCAGAAGGAAGGCGAGGACGAGCAGGCGUACCAGGUCGACGAGGUGCAGCGGUCCGAGGGGCAGCGACUCGCGCUCGAGACGCUGUCGUGGGCCACGGGCGACCGCGAGAACCAGGCAUUCUUCGAGGAGCAUGGUGGAUACUCGGCGCUGCUGAGGACGCUGUGGCAGCUCUCGCCGCCGGUAGACGCACAAGCCGACGGCACGAGCGCAAGGCACACGCCGGAUGUGCGUAUCCUCGGGCUGCUGCUCGCGCACAUCCUCAACAACAACUACUCGCUGCUGUCGAUCUUUGGUUCGCCCGAGUCGAUCGACAGUGUUUUGAAAUCUGAGGAUGCGCUCACGAGCAAGCUCGGCGAGGUGACCAUCUCCAAGCCCGCUGCGCUUCCUUUGCUCUGGUCCUACCUCUGGGGUUUGAGCGACGCCGAGCCCGUCUCCCCGAAAGGCAAGGAGCGCGAGACGGGCGAGGAGGACGUUCUCUUCGCUGGCGGGUUCGAGCCCACCUCGGGACUCAAGCCAAAGCUCGUCCUCCUCGUCAUCCAAAUCUUCCGCCUCGCAGCCGUGUCGGCCGCCGGCCUCUUCCAGCUCAAGAACUACCUUCCCUCGUUGGCCGAUUUCCUCUUGACCCGCCUCUAUGGUUGGGCGCCGGAGCGCAAGUUUGCCGUCACCUUUCCUGCGCGGGAGGAGUGGUACCAGAACGCCAGCGCAGAGGACGCUCCGCCCAAGCCGACAUGGACGCCGGCCGAGGAGCCUCUGCGUGCGGCGUACCUCGCGCUGCUGAAGCGGCUGCUCGAAGCCGGCACAUCGCCCGAGCAGACGUGGCGCCUGUUCCAGCUGGUUCGCAAGGUCCCGCCAAGGCCAAAGCCGCUCACCCCGAUCCAGGAGGGCAACGAGGACAGUGGCGCUGGCACUCCAAACGCCGCCCAGUCACCGCCGCCCUCUGCGUCGUCCGCCAAGUCGCUCCGUGGCAAGGCAAAUCUCAAGCUCGUGGUUCCGCCCAGCCCGCAGGGCGAGGAGACCCUCGACCUGGAAGUACUCGAGGUCAUCCACAAGGCAAUGCACGCGCGCACACCCGACGUCUUUGUCUUCAGAGGAGGGCAGGGCAUCGCCGAUGGAGGCAUCGAGACGUCGGACAUUGGGAGGAAUUGGCCUUCGUCGACCAAGGGCUUUAUCUUCACGUCUUGGAUCUAUAUCACGAAGCUGAACGACGCCGUCACCAUCCUCCAUCUCAGCCAGAAGGGCGAGCAACACCCGCUGUUCCGAAUCAGGAUCCUCGAGAACUCGCAAGUGGGCCUCACGUCCACGGCCUAUGUCGACGAGACAACCGAAGUACCCGAAGAAGUCGUCUGCCAGGCGCCCGAGGCCCUCGUCCCUCACCACGAGUGGGUCCACUUUGCGGUCGGGUGCCGCAAGGGACGGUCAGCGAACGGCGGUGGUGGCGAGGCGAGAAUAUUUGUCAACGGCAAGCGUGUCGGCGCCGUGCGCAUCCCGUACCCCAUGCCGAGUGCCAAGUCUCGGCCCCACGCCGCCCACAAGCACGGGCCAAACUAUGAGAGACACGCGCACCAUCGACAUGCCGCGCAGGGUCAAGGUGUUCGCGUCAGCAUCGGCCGGCCGUGGCUGAACAAGGACAACAACAACUUGAGCGAGUCCUUCCUCAUGGGCGGCGGCGGAUUGGGCAAGGAGGACAACCAGUGGAUGUUGGGCAGGGCACUGCUUCUGGAAGACGUGUUAACAGAGGACCUCGUGCUGCUGAUGCAUCACCUGGGCCCACGUUAUUAUGGCAACUACCAGGAGGCUCUGGGCAAGUUCCUCACAUACAAGGGUGCCACCUCCGUCAACCUCUACCUCCAUGGCUUGGCGCAGGCAGCUUCGCAGCAGAAGACUAUCCCUCUUCUCCCUAGCAACUCGGCCCUCGUCCGGGCUAUUCGUUCAGGGCCCUCAAUAGCGGAGGAGAACAUCAUGCUCUCGUUGUGCUCGAAGGACGCCCUCACCGGAGAAGACGGAGCUCCGGGCUCGUUCGUCCUGAACGGCGCAGUGACCCACGCCUUCUUCGCCCGUGACGUGCGGUACGGCCGCGCCAAAAUGGUCGACCACGUCUUCCCCUUUGCGACGACAAGCAUGGACGAGGCGGUGUCGACCGUCGGCGGAGGAGUAGUCGUGCUCAAGCUCAUUGACCUUGCCGAAGACUCGGAGCAACUCGCCACGACGCUCACCAUCCUCCAAGACAUGGUCCGCGACAGCUGGAGCGCGAGCGAGGAGAUGGAGAGGAUUCACGGCUUUGAGCUGCUCGCUGCGAUCCUCAGGCCAAAGAUGGCCACGAUUGUUGAUCUGCCAGUGGCCAGAAUCCUGCUGGGUAUUCUGGGAGUGAACCCGGACAAGCCUCAAGCCGCAGUGGUCCACAACUCGGCGGCUUACCGGGCCAUUGGCCUCGACUUUGAGCUCUGGGCCACGGCCAAGGACGACGUUGUCUCGCUCUACUUUGAGAACUUCUCUGCGCUGUUAUCAGUGUCCAAGUACAAGAGGUACAACCUGCUCAGGACCUUCCAGAAGAGCAACAUGGUACGCAAGUUGCUGUACGCCAUUCGCCUGGGGCUUUACAAUACGACCACCCUCCCCUUGGCUGUCGACACGCUGAAGCUCGCCCUCACUUCGCGGUGGAGUGCCGAGGAGGGAAUCAAGCCAGUUUUCUCCUACCUUGUGUCGGCUCUGUGUCAGAAUGUUGCCCCAGCCUAUCUCAUCCCCACUGCCGAGCCCACAGCUGCGCAGCUGCCCGCCGCGCUCAUUCUUCAAAUGAUGGCCGAGCUGCUGACGGCGCCGAAACGCCUGACCAAGCUCAACAAGGCGGUAUCUCUCCAUCGCCUCAUUGUCGUCCUCCUCCAGUCCAACCCGGCGCCAUUUGUUGCCAUUCCCUGUCUCGACAUUCUCAAGCUCUGCCUCUCGACACCUGGACUCGAGUCGUUCCAGCGCUCAUUUGAGACUGAGGGCGGCUUUGCCUUACUCGCAAGAACGCUUGCGCCGAUAUGGCAGGAUCACAUCCAGGAGACGGUGUUUGCCAUCGUGUUGGGUAAGGAUGGAAUGCAAGGCUCGGCAUUGGCUUGCCCACCGGCCAUUGCAUCCCUCACUACCGCACUCGAGACGCUCCUGCAGACUGCCAAUGAGGCAGCGGAUGGCGCGCGCUCCUCGACGCUGGGCAAGUCCGUGGGCUCUGUGCGCUCGCUGGCUGCUACUCCUCUGGCAGCAGCUAACGAAGGCACAGACUACCUCGACGUUGAAGACGACAACCGGCUUGAGAAGCUACUGUACAACCUCGCGGCAGUGUACAGAACCUCCAAGCCAUUCCGCAAGGCGUUGUCAAUGCGUCGCAUCGAGGCCAUGCUGCCGAGUUUCGUCGACUUUGCAGCCAUGUCGGCGUCAUCGUCGCGGUCGCAGAGAGCUGAGAAUCAGCGCGUCGCCGCUGCUUGCUGGCUGUCCGAGCUGAUCUCUUUGUCCAAGGCUCCACCUAAUGUCAUGACACAGAUGAAGCUCUUGGUCGAACAGCUCAAGUCGACCUCCGGAGAGGACCUUCCCCCGAUCUCGAGCUCAUCUCGCACUCCUGUUCCCACACCACCCAUCAGCCGCACCCCUUCGUACCGCGCAUCGGCGUCGAGCCGACUCGCCUCCUCACCAGGAGCAGCGCCGGCUUCACCUAUUCGACAGAGGCCGUCUGCUGACGCUCGUCCUGGUGUUGUGCGCCGCGCGUCUGCAGCGGAUAAGAAGAUGCCUCAGCUGAGAAGGGUGCUCACUGGCGAGUCGAUUCUGCAAGAGGAGCAGGACAAGAAUACGGCUUGGAGGAUGAUCAUCUUGUCGACUGACUCUCAGCGCUUUGCUACCAUGACACUGGAUCGAAAAGAACAUUGGCACCGACUGUCACAGGUCGAGUGGCCGCAGCUCGUGGCAACCCUGCGCUCCGAGAACGGCGUCUGGGCAGACGAAGAGGACAAUGUCCAGUGGCGCCUUGAUGGCAGCGAGGGCCCAUUGCGAAUGAGGAGCCGCCUGGAGCGCAUUAGCCCGCUCUCGCACCAUUCCCGCAGCCGUGCCCGAACCAAGCUUCGUGAUGCGAUUCCCGCCCCAGACGAAUUAUCGUCAGCUGUGUCGAGGGUCAACGCGGCGCCGUGGGAGGACCCCUUUGCUCUCGCGCUCGGGGAAGCUGCUCCGAUUGCGGAGCAUGCUGAAGAGGAGAACGCAGGAACGCCAACGAAGGCGACAACCCCAGCACCGGAAGCCGAUGGCAGCGACGACGAGGGCUCGUUUGUCGACAUUGACGACGAGUCGCCCGACAAGAUGCGCCUCGUUGCCAAGGCGCUCGAGGCUGGCGACGUCGUCGAGGAGGCGCACAACAUUGUGCGAAUCGUUGGCGUCGACGCACUCCCAGGCCUGCUUAUCCUCGGCAAACGCAACCUCUACCUCAUCGAUGGGCUGGUACAGACAGCCGACUGCCAGAUCGUCGAGGCGGACCAGGCCCCGCGCGACGUGCUGAGUAUCCCCUCGGGGACACUUGCCGACCUCGACCCGACCGACCAGCGCAGCCACCGCUGGCCGUACUCGGACGUCGUGGAGACGAACAAGCGCGCAUUCCUGUUCCGAGAUGUCGCCCUGGAGCUCUACUUCUCCGACAAGCAAAACUUCCUCGUUGUGUUCAAGGACAAGCGCCAACGCCAGGCUGUCGUCUCUCGCCUCUCGUCCAAGGUCGAGAAGGGUGACGUUUUGAGCCGUUCCAUUCUCGGCUCGCUCGUCCUCGACACGGUUGCUCGAGCGAUCGACAACAGGGGCUACGAGCUUGAGAACCUGACGCGCCGCUGGCAGAGCCGCGAGAUCUCAAACUUUGCCUACCUCCAAAUGCUCAACCAGUAUGCCAACCGCACACCAAACGACGUGACACAGUACCCCGUCUUUCCGUGGGUGCUGGCCGACUACACGAGCCAGAGCCUUGACUUUUCAAAAGCCUCGACGUUCCGUGAUCUCUCGCUGCCGAUGGGUGCGCUCACGCCCGCGCGUCGCGAUGCGGCAGUCGAGAGGUAUCAGGCAACUGAGGGUGUGGGGGAGACUCCAUUCCAUUACGGAACGCACUACUCCUCGUCCAUGAUUGUGUGCGGUUACAUGAUCCGCGAAUCCCCCUUCACGGAUAUCUUCCUCGCGCUCCAAGGCGGCACCUUUGAUCUUGCGGACCGCUUAUUCUCCAGUAUCCCCAAGGCUUGGGACUCGGCGUCUAGUGCCAACCGCGGAGAUGUGCGCGAACUCAUCCCUGAGUUCUUCUACGCCGCUGCAUUCCUCAUCAACAUGGUGAGCUUCCAACAUGCUGGCGAAGCUGACUUUCAGAACCACCAUGACUUUGGGAAGAAGCAAGUCUCUGGGGACACGGUCGACGAUGUGGCGCUGCCACCGUGGGCCUUGAACGACCCUCUCCUCUUUGUGCACUGGAAUCGCGAGGCUCUCGAGUCGGACUUUGUCUCUCGCCACCUUCCAGAGUGGAUCGACCUGACGUUUGGGUGCAAGCAGCGCGACCCGUCAUCCUUCAACUGCUUCCACCCUCUGUCCUACCGCGGUGCCGUAAACCUGGACAAGAUCACCGACGAGGCCGAGAAGGCUGCGUCGACUGCCAUUAUUCACAACUUUGGCCAAACGCCAGUCCAGAUCUUCAAGUACCCUCACCCGCAAAAGUUCCUCGGGGGGCGUACCACACUACCUGUCGGCACGAGGUUUGGCAUCUCAGAGCACUGGCAGCUGCUACUUCGCAGUAUUCUGCCGAUCAUUGAAAGCCCACGGAAGAUCCAUUACAUUCUCGACCCCUCCGUCCCCGAUGGCAAACCUGGUGUCCAGCCUGAGCAUCGCCUGGCGGUACCUGGUAACUCGUUGCUGUCAUUGCAGUACGGCUUUAUCGACCAGUCAUUGCGCAUCUACUACAUGGAGCACAGUCCAAAGCUUUUGCAUAUUGUCGAGGGCAUCGAAGUCACGCACGCGAGGUUCGUAUCACCAACGCUGCUCAUCACGGUAUCACCUCUUGGCGUCCUCACAGCUUGGCGCCUGGCGAUCAAGGGCUCUGGCCACCGCAGAGGAGACAUCUCGCUGCAGCGCGAGGCCACUCUGCGCGGCAACGAGGGGUCUGUGACCUGCGUCGCAAAGAGCACGGCGUGGAGUCUGCUCGUUACUGGCGCAAAUGAUGGAUCCGCCAUGGUGUGGGACACCAACCGCCUGCGGUACACGCGUACACUCAAGACGCCACGUCGCGAGCCCAUCAAGUUUGCAGCAGUCAGCGGAGCCAAUGGCCACAUUGCCCUCGCAUCAGACCGGUACCUGUACAUCUUCUCGCUGAAUGGGCACCCAAUCGCCUCGACCAGCAUCGAUGGUGGACGUUUCGCACUCAACGCUGAAGGAGCCGACGACUCCUCCGAAGACAAGUUCACCGGCGGCAUCGCCUUCCUCAAGAAGGAGUUCCUCAAGGGCGGCGAGCUGUUCGUCGUCGGUGUCGGCACCCAGCUUGACCUGUACCGCCUGGCGCCUGGCGUGCGCCGCUUCGAGGACCAGGAGGUUGAGCCUUGGCGCCUGGUGAAGCAGGGCACGCUCUUCCGCUCGGAUGAGCACGACGCCGGGGAUGUCACAGCCGUCAGGUUUAUCGGUGACACGCUCUACGCCGCGUUCGAGGCGCCUGCGGGACACAAGUACCCCUUGUACCAAUGGUCUCUGCCCGACUGCAACGCACGCAAUGUACCCGAGUCGGUGGCGAGCUUCUGCAUGGCCGAAGGGUGCACGCGGCACUUUGGCCUUCUUGAGCCACGGCGCCACUGCGGAGGUUGUGGCGGCGCAUUCUGCGGCUCGCACGCAGUCCACGUCGAAGGCUUCAAUGCGCGGUACUGCGACACCUGCAAGACUGUGCUGUCGUACGCUUCGGCUCUGGGCCUCCUCCAGUCGCGGCUGGCCUCUCAUGCCGGCUCACGCCAGACUUCGCGCCAGACAUCUCGCCGCCCGUCCGUCUCUGGUAACGCGGCCGAGUCUGCAUCUCCCAGCCGGUCUCAGACACAGUCGCCAGCGACGCCGACCCGCACGGCUGGGCGGCCGCGCAGUGACUCGCGAGUAUGGGCGCUCCUGUCUGGACAGUCGUCUGGCGGAGGGGAGAACAGCAGUAGUUAGGUGGUUGUAGAUAUGCAGCAUUGGGUACACUAUUCUGCUUCAUAACUCUCUCGACCUAGGUAUCAACACUUGUACACAGGAGCUGGGGGCCAUGCAAGAUCAUGCAAAGGAAACAGGGAGGCGGAGACGUGAGAGGAAGGGACUGGGUGACUGGCCGGGCGCCGACGAAAUGCUGUAAAGUCUUCUCUAGGCCAGGUAGUUGUACGUGUCCUUUGCGUCUCCACGCUCCAGGUACUCCUUGUCGAUGAGGUAGUCGAUCGCCUUCUUGAUGUCUGAUACCUUGGGCGUGAACUUGGUCGAAAUCUGGGCCGUCACGUCCUGAAUAAGGGCCUGAUGCUUCAUGGUCUUGCGGGCCUUCAUGAGACGGACAAUGGUCGCCUGGUAGAUGAACUUGCGGUCCUCGUCGACGGCAGCGAGGACCUCGGUCGUCUCGGCCUUCUGCUCGGCGCGGACGGGCUGGUUGAGCUGAACACGAAUCUUCUUGGACUUGAAGCCCAUGUUGAGGUCGUACGCGUCACCGUCCUGGGUGAGAACCUUGGCCUUGACGAGCAGAGUCAUCUGGGGCUUGAGGAUGCCCUCUGAGAUCUGGGUGCCGGUCUGGAUCUCCUUGAAUGUCAAGCUGUCGUUCUCGUUGAACAGGGUGAGAAUGGCGGUCUGGUAUGCGCUGGUCAUGAAGAUGUACUUCUGCGACAGGUAGGUCGUGCGAAGCUCAUUCUUCGAGACGUGCCACAGCCAGGUGAGCUUGCGGCCAGAGUGCACAUCGUUGUAGAACUUGGUAAAGCGUUCGUAGACAGGCUCCAACUGGCGAGGAACGGCGUAGUCGCUGUUGGAAGGCGCGAGGGGCCAGAAGUUGGUACCAAGGACCAUGAUCGAGAAGUCAAUGUCAUCCGAGUGGCCGUCACGACGCUCCUUCUCCUUGAACCGCUCGGUAACGUCGCGACCAACACUGACGUCGCUGAACAUGCGAGUGAGCUUGUUGGUGUAGUCGAAACCGGAAAUGUCCUUGAGCUUGGAGAUCAUGGACGAUUCACUGUCGUCGGAUGCCGAGUUUGCGUUGACAAGACGCUGAGCAAGCUUCUUCUGGUAGAACUUCUGGAAAACGUCCUUGUCGUCGAUGAACUUGAAGAUGACCAUGGCCUGGUUGAGCGCCGCCUCGAGCGAGUCGGGGUCUAGGUCACGGUUGCUCUUGCGAAGCAGCAUGUCGCAGUAGUUGGCGAGGAGCUCGGGCGACUUGGACGACGUGGUGGCAGCAGCAUUCUUGUUGACAAACUCGCGGCAGGCUCGGUCAAGACUGCCGUUGAAGCCGAGCUCGGAGCGGAAGGGACCGUUGACAAUGUCGCCAAACUUGGUGUGAACCGAGAGGAGGGCCUCAAUGUACGCCUUCGGGUCAAGGACCUCCUGCUUGCCCUGCUCGUUGAGGGCUCCGGGAGCGGGGAUGACACGCUCGACAGCAGCAAGACCCGCCUUCUUGACGUGGGCCUCAAACUUCUCACGGAGGGGCUUGAGAGCGUUCUCGACACGGACGAGAAGACCGUACAUGCGGGCGAGGUCGGACUCGCGGUCCGAGUCGAGUAAGUUUUGGAACUCGUCCCACAUGAGCUCCUGGUGGUCCUGGAUGAGGACGCGCUCGCAGACCUCCUUAAGCUGGGAGGGUUAGAUGUGCCGAGAACGCUUUACUCACCUCCUUGCGCGUGCUGUCGUGAA